GUCGAAGACUAGUAUAUAUGUACGUGUCCCACAGUAAAUAGCUGAUCAGUAGUGAGCAAAUCGCAAGUGAAGAAGGAUACACUCGUCCAUGCAGAAAGUGAUUGCGUCCUUGCAUUUGCUUCCGUGACGGAACCAUGAAAAUUUCCGGUGCCACAACUAGUCUCUUGAUCGUUUUCGGAGUUUUGCAAAUGUCAUGUAGUUCCAGCUCGCUAUCCAUCAAACAACUAUGGAGAAACAGACGGAUCGAUGGAAGGUUUUUCCCGACCAUCUUUAAGCAGCUAAUCACUCGAAGAUUCCCUCCUUUGUGGCUGACAAGGAUAAAACAGAGAAAUGCCGUCCGCUUAGAUGAACACGUCGAUCCAGGUCAAGUUUGGUUAACUGGAACGGUUCCAUCACGACGAGCAAGUACUACGCCUUCAAUCAACAACGCCUACGUUAAUCCUUACGUAUUAACAAGCGAUUCGUCGCGAAAAUCAGGUUUCAUGAAUUUAAACAAAGAAAUUGAGCCCUACCGUUGGGGACAGGGGGUCAAGCUGUACAUGGAAGCAGAUUUACACCCUUCUCUUCUGAAUUACUUGGAAGAUCCAGCGAUAAAAGAACCGGAGAUCGAAUCAAAUCAUCUUCCAGAAACGACCUACUCUCAAACAGAUUGGUUCCGGAGACUUCCGUGCCGUAAAUUUGAAGACCCGUACGAGUGCUAUAAUUCUAACCAGUUUUAUCAUCCGGUAGGAUUGAAUAUAGGCGAAAGUAAUGUGCCUUUUCAGAAUAAUGUUGUUGGAUAUUAUGACAAUUCACCGUUUGCUUCUGCUUCCGAGAAAAGAAGAACUUUUGACAGCAUUUCAGUUGACUUGAGAAAAAACAGGAAAGGUGCAUGACGUGUGUAAAAACUUUUUCGUUCUGUUGAUAAUUGCAAAAACGUGUUCGGUAGGGAAAAACAUAUUUUAUCCUCGCCUAAUUUCAUUGUAAUACACCGGGCCAUAUUUGCCUAUUUUCCCAGCA